AUGGGCGCGCCGUGUCCGCAAGAUAUAACAACCGAAAUUCGGAAAUUCUUUGGCGCUGAACGGAUCCACCCGGACUUGAGAGACCUGGAGCAUAUCUUUAGGUUGCUUUUCGAGCUCCUGCCAGACACAGUCUAUAUAAUUGAUGGCCUAGACGCCUUGGAUCAGAAGCACAGCAAAUCUCUUCUGCAGUUUGUCCAAUCGCUAUUUCGCUCUAUUAAGAACCCUAGAGGACCCCGGAUCUUGCUGUUCAGCAGGGAUCAAGUUCCAGGAUACAUAAACAUGGCCACAUUCAUACCUGGCAUUCGUCGGAUUUCGACAUCGAAAAAUGUCAUGCGAGACAUCAAGGUCUACCUUGACACCAGCAUCACGGAUAAGAGCUUGUGCAGAAGACUCACUGACAACGUCGAGUUACUUGAGAAAGUUAGGCAAACCCUUCUAACCAAGUCCUUAGGAAUGUUUCUUUGGGUGCACCUGGUCCUGGAAAUUCUCUGGGAUACUUGCCACACAGAUGCAGAAAUACGCUCAGCGUUGGCCACAUUGCCCAAAGGACUUGAAGAGGUAUAUAGCCGCUGCUUGGAUAGAAUAACGUUCCGCGAGAGCUAUGCACCGCUGGUGCUCAAGUGGGUUAGCUUUGCCACCAGGCCCCUACAUAUCGAGGAAUUAAGAGAGGCUGUCUCGUUCGGGUUAGAGGACACACGGUGGAACGAAGAGACAAAGCCGCAGAAGGAUGUUUUACUGGGCUGCUGUGCGAACCUUGUUAUUGUGGACCGCGCAGAUGAGUGUGUGCGCUUCGCACAUUCGUCGGUACAGCAAUACCUCGAGAAGCGCCUCGAACAAGAUGGCGAUUCAAACAGCGAUCUCGCGUACCCAACUAUAGAAAGGGGCAGUCUAGAAUGCGGAGAAUUGUGCGUUGCGUACCUCUCAUUCUCAGACUUCAGCCUCCAGGUAAGGGAGUAUUCAACGGAAGGAACAACAAUCCCAGCCCCGUCUCCAGCAUCAAUAGCACAGCAGGUUCUUUCUCGUCAUCCACGCACCAGACGUCUUUUCUCACGACUUUUGCCUGAAAAGAGUGAGACUCCUAUAACCUUUCACGCCGUUCGCACGCGGUCAACUCCGGAUUGGGGACGCUACAAGUUCCUCAAUUACGCUGUCACAAACUGGGCAAUACACACAAAGAAAAUAACCGAUACGUCUCUGGUUUGGGGGAAAUUCAUGACACUUGCCACAUGUUUCAAUGAAACUUGGAACUUUCACCCCUGGGUGGCUGGUGGCCGCUCAAAUGAAUCGCGUAUCCACGGGCUUUUCAGCUGGGCAGUCAAAGAGCAACACGAGCCCUUGCUGUCAAUUGCUAUGGCUGCGGGAGAAUCAUACCAUCGCAUCUGCAAUCUCCCCCUGAUUGGCGAAAGACUUCCGGCCCUUCAUGUCUCUUCGAAACUGGGCUAUACGGCCGUAGCGAGGGCUCUACGAGAUUCUUGCAAACUCAAUAUGCCAGACUGGGAAGGCCGUACGGCUCUACACCACGCAGCCAGUAGAGGGCACACUGAAAUCUGUCACCUACUUCUAGACAAAGAGGGUAUGAAGGUAGAUACUGUAGGGCAGGCCCAAUGUACACCACUGUGGCUCGCCGCCAGCAAUGGGCACGUGGAUGUCGCUCGCGUGCUUAUACAGAACACAUCGAAUGCUGAAGUCAAAGAAAAUACCACUCGCCAGAGCCCUCUUUCCGUGGCCGCACGAAACGGGCAUCUUGCAAUGGUCGACUUUCUUCUUCAGAUAGGGACUGACUUAGAGUCAAAAGACGGUUUUGGUCGAACACCUCUACUGUGGGCUGUUCUUAACGGACGGGAGGAGGUAACAAAACUACUUCUUAAGCGCGCCGACUUGGAGGUUAAGGAUGAUAGAGGCUGGGCACCACUAUCCACGGCUGCAGCACACGGGUAUGGGGCGAUAGUGAGUCUAUUACUCGAUAGGGGCUCUGAUAAGGAGGCUUCUGGUACAGGUCAAACACCACUGUCAGAGGCUACAAGAAAUGGACAAAAGGCUAUAGUAAAACUACUGCUUGACAGAGGCGCUCAUAUAGAGUCGCGGGGCGUAAAUGGUGAAACCCCUCUGGCAUGGGCUGCAGCAUCCGGAUAUAAGGAGGCAGCAAAGUUGCUGCUUACCAGGGGCGCUAAAAUCGAGGCAAAGGAUACUACAGGAAAAACACCAUUACUAUUUGCUGCAUCACAGGGCCACCCAACUCUAAUUCAGCUGCUGGCCCAUAAUCGUGCUAACUUGGAGGCCACAGAUAAUACCGGCCGUACACCCCUAUCAUGGGCCGCUGGCAACGGGAAUGACGCAGAAGUAGCUCUGCUGCUUGAGCUGGGUGCUGACGCGGAGCAUAAAGACGCUGCAAACCGGACACCACUGUCAUGGGCGGAACAGCAGGGAAAACAUACAGUAGCAAAGGCCCUUCGGCGCAUGGCCGGUGGAGUUAUUACUUGA